GCUGAGACUCUUGAGUUGAGCUGAUUGGAUGGUGACGUCACAGGAGGCUGCUGCUAGCUAAACGAGUGAAAACACUCCCGAGGCUGAAAGUGAGGCAGCGAUGAACCGACCAGGCUUUGGUGGGGCUUCAACAUCCACAAGCUUCUCCUCAAGGAUAACAGAAAAUGGAUGCUCAGACUCGGCCCUCACAGAGGAGGAUAUAUGCAAUCUACAGAUUGAACUUGCAAAGGUUGAUGAUGAAAUUCAGACCUUGAGGCAGGUGCUUUUGGUCAGAGAAAAAUAUGCAGCAGACAUCAGGAGGCAGCUGGGUACGAGCCCUCUCAGUAACAUCAAACAGAACCUGUCCAAGGGCUGGCAAGAUGUCCAGACCUCUGCCCCAUACCUCUCGGCCUCUGCUACUUUGGAGGACAUCAGCCACUCCAACAUAUAUACAAGGACCCGGGACAGUCUCACUCAUGCAGGCCAGGUGACAUCAUCUGCACUGUCCAAUAUCGGCGUGAACAUCACCAGGAGACUGGCAGACAUGAGAGCUCUGCCUCUUCCGAGCCCACCACGCACCCUGAGCCACACCAUGAGUGUUCCGUCUAUGAGACAUUCUUCUACAUUCAAGUCUUUUGAGGAAAUGGUUGGAAAUGUGAAGGACAAAGUGGGUGGCGGUCUCACAAAUAACGGAGACACCUCUGGAUUUGAAAGAAGAUCCUCCCGCACAUGAGAUGAACCCUUACUACAUAUCACUAAUGAUGUUUGUUUUUUCAUAAAACUAGAAAAUAGAAUUGAUCUUCUUUUGCUCCUUUUACUGUGUUAAUUUCUCAAUUGUUAUUUAUUUUAUUAAUACAAUAUGACGAAUAGAAUGUAUGACAAUUACAAUGCGAAAUCAUUGUAAAAUGACAUGUCAAAAUAGUCUUUGAAUGUGAAUAUCUUUCUGCUUGUUGGAUAAAUGUAUGUACAAGUUAUUUACUUUGAUAUGCAGUGUCUAGUAAACCCAUCCCGUAGUUGUAAUAGGCAUUCAUUGACAUUAAUUGUGACAUUUACUAAACAAAAUAUCAUAAACAAGUAUUUUUGUAAUUUCAGAUUUUUCAAUUAAAGUCAAUUGAAUGGUGA